AUGGAUAAAACCUUUUUUGUUCUUUGUGACUGCACCACCCCGUCAACAACGGCCGUGAACGAGUUGGUCCCAAAUUUGGGGUUAAAUCGCACACGGGUGAUGAUCGAACACCUUGACAGCAUUUACAGGAAGGCUUAUGACUUGGGCAAACCCUUCUUUGAUCCAAGAAUUUAUGACAAGCUGAAGAUUCGCUGUGAAACUCUGGACCUCAAGGACGACGGGGAGUAUGCCAAUGGAAUUCCCGCUCCGAGCUUUUUUGACCCACUUCCUCUUGAGACCCUCAAAAAUCAUCGAAUUAUCACACCAGAUGAGGAAGCCAAAAGGGACUAUCUAUCCUAUGAAAAUAUAUUCGAUAGGACUGAGGACGGGGACACCUCGCAGGUGGUGUCCUACCGUAUUAUGCGGCACUUUGACUGGUAUCGCAGGAACGGGAUCUCUAGUCUCCGAGCACGAUUGAUGGACAUCACAGUAUGGAGAGAAGCGUACGUGCCUCACUUCGUCUCGGUUACCAAGAAUGUUCUUGCUGAUGAAUAUUUCAUGCCUGGCGUCAACGGUCAGCGCGGUUACGCGCCCGCCGGUUGGUGGGAGGAAAAAUCCCUCUCUCUUCCUCAUAUUAUGUGUAUGCUUGAAUUUUACUCCUUCAGAGGUACAGAGGAACUCCUCAGGGGUGAGAUCCUCGGCAUCCUUGCCACUACGAUUACUCGUCUUGAACUCGAGUGUUUUCAGGAUGAGGUAGUCAUACCGGUUCUCAUGUUCUCGGUCAUGUCAGACUUCAAAGCAAGGAUCAUACAAGCGUAUUUUAAUGGCGACAAACUGGUGAUUCGCAAGUCAAGGCUGUACGACUUCUCUACGCCUGAGACCUUGAGCUCCUCGACGAUUCUCUUCAUACAGUGGAUGGCUAGCAAGCCAGUAGGCAACACUAGUGGCUUUGCUCUGGAGGACUUUGAGCCAUUUGAGGAGGAGGAUGAUACCGAAUCAUCUAUCAAGAAGGAGGCCGAAAUUGAAAAGAUCUCUGAUGCGCCUUGA